AUGUUCAAGUCCAGGGAUACUAUUUGGACCAAGCAGAUAGCCAAGAGCGCACUGGAGCCAACUUGGAAAGAACCCUACACAAUGAUUCUCUGCAUUCCAGAGGCAGUGGAGGUGUCUGGCAUUACAAUUCAUCAUACCCAAGUCAAGAAAGCAGAAGCCAUGGAUGCUGCCAAAUGGACUGUCUCCCGGACUGUGGACCCAAUAAAUAAGAUUUCCUCAGGUUCCUGUCACCUUCCACUUUCUACACCUCUACCUCCUCCUGAGUCUUAUGCUUGGCAUGAAUAUAGGGUUAUGGUUCAACCCCCUCUACCGUCAGGUCUGGACCUGGAAACCGAGGAAGACAGACACAGGGAAGUUCUUCUCAGGAACCUCUUCAUCUUGCAAGUUGUACGGUUGGUGCUAACUUACAACUUUUCUAACUGUAACUUCAAGGAGAUUUCAAAAAUAUAUUCUGAAGCAAUUUUUCCUGACCUGGAUGAAUAUUUGAAUGGGAGCACAUUCGACCAAAUCGAGGUCUGUGACGACUUGACAGAUUGUCUCAUGAAAAUCGAGUACCAUACUCUCAAUCCCAUCCCUGGCUGCCCGUCACUCCCCCAGAAAAUAUUCGCCUUGAAAACGAAAGAAGCCCUCAUUAGCCAAUGCCCAGGCUACUCUGAAACUCAGAGAAACAAUCCUCAGGAAAUGAAGCAAGAAGUCGAAAACAUCUGCAUGAAUCAAACCUCACAAAUACAAUGGCUGUGGUUUACCCUCCGUCAAACUCUAUGAUAUUAAACUUACCUUUCAUUUUAUAGUAUGAAAGUAUAUCAUGUUUUAGUAGAUAUAAUACUAAGGGUGUGACAUUUAAAAGAACACUAAUGUUUAGUCUUUAAUUACAGAAAGGAUUCUUAACUUAUUUUUGGCAAAUUGCUACUGUUUAGUGUAGGCGCUUUAAUGGGAGAUGAGCACGGCCCCUCUAACGUCAACGGAAAUAUCAGCACUGUUGACGACCGCCUUCUGAAGAGGGUGUCUCAUCUGUACCUGCAGACACCUCACUCUAGGGCAAACCUAAAAGUGUAGUAGGGAAGGGAAUUGAAAGUGGAAAAAAAGGUUGGAACCAAUGAUAGCAUCUAAACUCUGUUUAACAGCAAGAAUUUUCUAUCUGUAAUGAUUCUUCUAACAUUCUUAUAUUUGACUAAGAAGAAAAUGGCAGCAGAGGAAAUUGUACAAGCAGUUAGUGCCACAAUGAAGCAGUCUGAAAGAAGCUUGUGGAAUGUAUGGCUGUGAAUGCACUGUAAAUCCAGCUUUAAAAGUGACCUAACAGACAACAGAUCCUGAAGUGCCUCUGUGCAGCUACCAGACAUAUAUUUAAGGUUGUAUGUAAUGUAUUUCUAAUUUAUUU